UAAAAAAACACAUUUGUUUUUUUAUCUCUUGGCCCUACACAUCGUGGGAAGUUAAAAUUUAAAAGCCGUAGCGUACGUUGAAUUUUAUUCGCAUAAAUCAUUGAAUACAAAAUAUUUUGAAAAUUUUUUAACGGUCACCGCCAAGUUGGCUCGCGUGAACGUGGGUAAUCCCAGGUCUCGGGACCUGAAAGUUGUUUACUGUGACUCCGUGGUGUCCGUUCUUGCUGGCAAUGAGAAAGUUGUUAGUAGAGAAAUACUGCAGAAUGUUGAAGAAAACAACAACAUUAACCCAUUUGCAUACUUUGCAUUAGUUACCAUUUUCUACUAACUACUCACUUUACAUAACUCUGAAAGUAUUAGAAUAAAGUCUGCAACAUUGGCAAUCAAUACUAGUUUACUAUCUCGUAAAGUCCUAAAAUUCUGAGAGAGCAAUAUAUUUACAUCCACCGAUUUUAAGUGAAUAAAUUGAAAAAAUAAAUCAAUACAUGUGCAACGUCUCUGUGUUUGUAUCACUCUUUUUAUCUUCCUCACUCGUCUCGGUGGCAAAGUCAUUGCAUUGGAUCGAUGAAACAACGCCCGGAAAUUUGAGUUUACCCAAACAAACGUCACCGUACAUACCGACGGACGCUUGCUUAUCGGCCGAUAUCCACUGUAUCGUCCGCUUAACGCCUUGAAAAUUGAAUUUAAAAAAAAAUUCUCAAAGUUGUUUAGUAAAUACUCCAAUGGACUUUACAUAUCUGGAGUUCCACAAUAUUAGUAAAAAUAUAAGACAACAAUAAUAAGCAAAGGAAUGGGAAUUCGAAAGUGCUCCCCGCACGCGUUCGAAUUUAGCCCAUCGCGACAAGGCGGGAGGAUUUAAAGUAGGAAGGGGACCCCCCCUUCAAUGCAUGUUUCAUCGUCUGCGAAUGCAAAACAUCUCAUUCACCGGGUAAAAGUACACCUCUCUGAUCGUAAGCCAACAGUGCGCGCGCACAUUGUGUUUGACCAAUACUGUUGUAAUAAUAAUGCCCAUAAGGUAUAAAUAACAAGUAAAGCCCCGUUGGCUCUGGAAUGUAGCUGAGAGAAGAAAUAAAAAAAAAAAAAAAAAAAACAUUGUAACGAAGGAAAUGGAAAGAGCAACUUGUGAGGGGGAUGAGUGGGGGAAGCGUGUGGCGAACCAGGCGCUUACCGUUUCGCCACAGCCGGCAGUGACGGUGGAGGAGCCGGUGUCAAAAAUGUCUCCACCUACUAAUGACAUGACUAACAGUGUUGUGGCUAAUCAAAAUACCAUAUCGCCAUGUUUACCAUCUACACCAAAUACGGAUAUUACCACUGCUACUACCACGACGACGGUAUUACCAACACAUAAACGUUCGCCUAAGGACUUCAUCUUCGGGAAGGUCAUUGGCGAGGGCAGUUUCUCUACCGUUUACAUCGCUAAAGAUAUUCACACGAGUCGUGAGUACGCAAUAAAAGUGUGCGACAAGCGUCACAUUAUCAAAGAGAAAAAGACCGAGUACGUUAAACGAGAGAAAGAAGUGUUAAACAUGUUGGCAGGUGCAAAACACUCGUUUGUACGUUUAUUCUGCACUUUUCAAGAUGUAGAUCGCCUCUACUUCGUUCUUUCCUACGCCAAGAAUGGCGAACUACUGCCUUACAUCAACAAAGUCGGUUCCUUCGACAUCGAGUGUACAAAAUUUUACUCAGCCGAGAUUCUUCGAGGUCUCGAGUAUCUUCACGGUCUUGGUAUCAUUCAUCGUGACCUAAAACCGGAGAACAUUCUCCUCGAUGAAAAAAUGCACGUACUCAUCACCGAUUUUGGUAGUGCCAAAAUACUGAAGGAGGAUCCAGAUUUGGAAAGACGAAGUGAUACCUAUGACAGCCGACUAGCAUCAGCUAAACGUGAAAGAAGUAAUUCUUUCGUUGGCACAGCACAUUACGUUUCUCCAGAAUUAUUGACCGACAAAACAGCAUCAAGAGCUUCAGAUCUUUGGGCUCUUGGGUGCAUAAUAUACCAAAUGGUGGCGGGGCUACCCCCAUUCAGAUCAAGGAGUGAAUACUUGAUAUUUCAGAAGAUCUUGAAACUUGAGUAUGAGAUACCCGAUGGAUUUUGUGAUCUUGCUAAAUCGCUUGUUAGUCAGUUACUUGUUGUGAAACCGUCUGAACGACUUGGUGCAGCAGAUGAACAUGGCAAUGGCUAUCCAAGUAUCAGAGCCCAUGAAUUUUUCAAGGGAAUUGACUUUGAGACCCUUCAUGAACAAACACCACCGCCAAUUUAUCCUUAUCUACCUGGUACCUCUGAACACGAAGAGAUGAGAUCACAUUAUCGUGUUCCUGAUCAUCUCGAGCCUGGUUUGGAUGAUAAACAACUGACAAGGCUUCUUGGUUUGGGAAUUGGGGAGGAUGUCACUGAUAAACCAAUACCUGCUGUCGAUAAACCACGACGAAAGAGCGGUUGCAUCUCUGAUCUCAGCCCGGAGGAAAUCAGGGAACAACUUGAGAAGCAAAGGAGCUCUUGUCCCUGGCAUCCUUUCGUCGAUGAUAAUCUCAUACUGAAACAGGGUUUUGUGAGUAAACGAAAAGGAUUAUUCGCCAGGAGAAGAAUGCUCCUUCUCACCACUGGACCUCAUCUCUAUUACGUUGAUCCUGUUAAUAUGGUACUCAAGGGUGAAAUUCCAUGGAGUCCGGAGUUGAGAGUUGAGCCUAAGAAUUUCAAAAUCUUCUUCGUUCAUACUCCUAAUAGAACUUAUUACCUGGAAGACCCAGAGGGAUUUGCGUUGGAGUGGUGCAGAGCUAUCGAAGAUAUGAGGAUUCACUGUUAUGGACUAUAGGGAUGAUAAUUCAAGAGGUAUGGAAAAUCAUUAGGAGAGAUGUUGAGAAAUUUUAGAGGUGUGGAACUCUCCGGUUUUUCCGUUUUUAAAUUAGCCAAUUGAAUUUAAUUAUUCAUUAUUCGUCAUUAUUUAGGUAAUUUCCAAUUUAGUCAGUGAAAUUAGUAAAUUGUCCAGGUGUCGUUUUUUAAAAAAUUAAAUACUGCGUCGUGGUGAGUAAAUUAUUUAUUCAAUAUUUGAUGAUUCGUAUUCUGGUAUUCCUUCUUGACAAAGGUUUAUUUUCCGACUUGAUAGAAUUUUCGUAGAUAAAUUUCUUAACUCACUGUGCGCUAUUUAAUUGGGAUAUAAUCAAUUAUAAAUGAAAUUUACAAGAAAAAGGUGUAAAUGUUGACUUGAAUCGGAUUAACUGGUUAAUUGUAAUUAGCUGAAUUGAUAAUUGCAGUUACUUAAAUAGUUAUCUGAAUUUUCUCGUCAUUUCCUGAAUAGUCAAUUGAUCAACUAAUUAAUUGAUUUUAUCAAGUAAUUUAUUCGAGAAAAAACCACAAAAAUAGGACAAAUUUUGUUUUCUGUUCAGUGUCUGGUUAAGUUAAUUGAUAAAGAGAAACUUAUGUUUCUCUUUGAAAUAUUUAUUAUUUUUGUGAGUAAAAUUUGACUAAUUCAUCAUUUUUUGAUUAAUUCAUCUAUCAAUGCAAGUAGUAUUAUUUUACGAUUCAAGAGUUACAUCAGAUUAGAAUAAGUAAACCUUCAUUGGUGUGGUUAGCAUGCAAGAAAGAGGGGGAUUCAAUAGGUGAUGAAAGUUAAUUCAUAAUUUUGUGUAUAUAAACAUGUGUUCAAGCAUUCGCAGGCGCCCAAUCCACGAUAAUCAUCGAAUCUAUUUGUUUAAAUGUGUAUGAUAGUAUGAAUUUUGUACCUAAAAUAAUGAAUAUACAUAUUAGACGAUAUUAAAGCUUUGAUAUGUAUAUUUAUGCAGAUCGACAUGUAUUUAUUGCUGUGAAUAGUUGAUGUGCGUGUGAAUGUAGAAAUUCAUCUGAAUGUAUUUAAACGAAGAGAUUCGAUUGGGCAAUUAAUAUGAUAAUUAAUUUAAAUAUCUCAUUUCAACGGUUGGAAAGACUUGAACAGGUUAUAUAUAAGGUUUACGAGGAAAUAGAAAUCUUGUAAAGUGCAUGAGAUAAUUUUUUAAUUAAGCAUGAGAAAAUUCUUCCAUUUUUUUUUUAUAAAGUAUAAUUUUCUUUAUGCUCGAAAUAAUUGUGAGACUCUUUUGAGUUGAAUAAUUGUUCUCAUUGCCUAGUAGUUCAUCCAAAAUGACCGCUUUUGGUAAGCUACGUACGGUAGGGGCGGGCUAUACUUCAAAUUAUUAUCUGAGGCACUUUACAAUUUUUACAAAUCUUAUUUAUUUAUUUAUGCUUACAUAUUUAUGAAACUAUUUAUUUCUGUCACUAAUUUUUAGUAAUAUUUUUAGCUGAGAUGAGAUAUUUAUAGUAUUGUCUUUAUCGUGGAUUCAGUGUAGAAAUUGUGUCUCAUGGAAAUUGUGGUAUUUUUCUACGUUUUAUGAAGAAAAUUUUGGGCGAUUUUCAGAUAGUCAGACACAGUUUUAACACAAUGGGUAAUUAUUUGAGUUUCUAGCCAAUUCGAACGAAUUUAGAAUGUGUACUGUUGGCCAAAAUGAAGAUGAUAAUUAAUUCAAGUGUGUGUGUAAUUUAAUACAGUUGAUUGAUUAAGUUGUGCAUUAGUUUGAACGAAAUAGUUUUUCGUCGAUACGAGCAUGCUUCGGCAACUAUAAUUGCAGUAUUAUUAUAUAUACGUAAGGUUCAUCUCUUAUUUGUUAAUUUAUAGGGGCUUUCGGAGGAUUUUUCCGAGGUCCUUUCAGUGUAUAUAUAACAUUUGUAAUAUCACAUGGAAAUGAGAGGAGGGGACUUUGAUCCCGGAAUAAUUAUACACAGGCAUGAAUUCGAUGACUAUACAUAAUUGUAAAAAGAGAUUCUGUAAAUAUUAUGUUAAAACCAUAUUCAUGUUGAAGAAAAAGAUGUAUUUAUAGUAAAUUUUCUGGAAUACCA